AUGAAAGCCUUCACUCUACGUGUUCGCUGUUUUCUGUACUUCAUUUUGUGGUCUCUAUCAAAAGCAGAUGUAACAUCCCAGCGCUACACGAUGGAACCUUCACUUGACAACAAGGUCUCGGAUAUCGACCUCAUGGCGAAACAUAAUUCGGAAUCCCUUACUGGGUGUUCCGCUAUGUGUGGUAAACCUUGUGCAUGUUUUGGGUUUAAUCCUCAACUAAAGAAGUGUCGUAUCCAUAGGUCAUGUGACCAAUCUGACAUGACCAGAGAUGAAACAGGAUGGAGGUACUAUUAUGUUGACGGUGUUGGGUGCCAUGUUGGAUGGAUUCAGUUUCGAUACAAAUGUUACUGGUUUAGUCAGGAUGCCAAACCUUGGGUAGAAGCGAAGGGUAUAUGUGCACUAAAUCACACAAAGCUGGCAGAACCAAGGACCGCCAAUGAAUCGUCGUUUCUCAUUAGCCACACUCAACGAAACGGAGGGAUCUACUGGAUUGGUAUAUCUGACAUGAUAGAGGAAGGUAAAUGGAUUUAUUCGUCAGAUCAGACAGUUAUACAAGUUAAUGACUUUCAUCCAGGAGAACCAAAUCACCACACUGUUGCAAAUUGCGUCGCUUUGUGCCAUUGUUUCGAUGGUAAAUGGGUGGAUGAGCCAUGUGGGGAAAAUUACAGGUUUAUUUGUGAGACUGAGAUAGAGUGA